UUUAAUCAAGAGGCAGGACGAGACAAUCCACAGUUUUGUUUCACGCUUUCUCAUGAACAGGUGUUUAAAGUAAUGCAUUUUGUGAGGAAAUAGUUUAAUAGGAAACUACGUUAACGCUGAUAAACGAUCUCGGAUAUAAAUCUGCAUGAACGAACUAAGUCAAGCGACGUAUUCUCAUCCAAAAGGGAUGCGGUCUCUCCACUCAGCUACCGAGCUAACCUACGAAAGUUUCAUUGAAACAUAUGGAUCGGUCGAUUCGCCAAUUGAACGCCGGCGAACAUUCGGUAAUAUGGAAUCGUCCGUCUCCUCCCCUGCUUUGAACAACAACAUCCAACGAGUUCGGAAACCAGGAAUUACAGGAGUCGAUUCUUUUGACGAAUCAAGUGAAACGAAUGGUUCACACAACACCCUCUCUGAUGAUGUUCAAGACAAAAUGAAAAAUGAUUCCAUGGGAAGGCGGCGUCGACUUCGAAAAGUUUCAAUGGAAAAACUGAGUGCACUUGGCGGAGCUGUACAAGCUGCUGUGACGUCACGGAGGACCAAAAGCGUAGCUCUAGAUGAUAACGGAGGUUCGCUGACUCCGCAGAGCGAGAGGAGAAUGUCCGGGUGGUUGCUCGGUAUUCCGCCUUUAAUAGCGAGGAAACUAUCCUCCGAUAACAUAUCAAGCUCCACGGAGGACUCAUCGGACACAAAAAGCAAUUUAUCAGCUCGGUCGUCGGCACCAAAACCAGCUGUGUUACAGAUCCCGGCCACCCGACUCCGAUCCGCCGACCAUAAGGGGUUUCUUGACCGCAGGAAUAAGAAAAAGCAGUGGGAAAGAUUCUGGUGUGUGUUGCAAGACACAUGUCUAUAUUGUUACAAUGCCCCGCAGUCUGACGUGACGAGAGACGCCGUAUUAUUGCGUGGUUAUGACGUUGUAGCUGACGUCACAAACCUGAACAGGACUCGUUUCGUGUUUCGCCUCCAGCAGAAGGGCGUACCCACCUUACACUUCAGCAGUGAUAACCACAGAGACUUUCUCCUUUGGGUUGGAACAAUGGAGAAGGAGACUCGUUAUGUUACAGGCCACACAAAAAGAAAGUCGUUGAAUGAUCCGUCUGAUUCCACCAGCGAAUCAUCCAACCAAGAUACAACAAGCGGUUUACCCACCGAAGCUACAAGACCAACAACACACAAACCACUGACGAGAACCGUUUCGCAAGACCGUCUCGACAAUGAAUUAAUGGCGAUGCAAAAACACCGAAUCCUGAAGGAUAUUGCUGUUGAGCAGCAGCGAAUUUUGGAAGAACAGAAACUUCUGGAAGGUUCUACAACCCAGCAAGCAAAGACGGCUAGAAGAAUGUCUCGUGUCGAAGUUUUUGAAAAUUACGAGAGUGCUAAGUCAGAAGAAGAAGUAAAAGUCACGAAGUUUUUGACCCACCUAAACAGACGGCGAAAUUCAGCUCAGUUAAAAAUGGACCAGUUCACGAAAGAGUUAGCGCCAAAGAACGGUCGUCGUCGUCGAGACAACCACGCCCAGUUUUCUGCGAUGGAAGGAAGACUGAAAGAAAUGCAGGAUGCUCUUGCACAAGUUGAUCGGGAGAUCGAGGAGGAAGAAGCUGCAAAACAGCACAACCUUGAAAAGCUCCAACACAAGCGGGACCUUGAACUAAUAAUCCUGGAGCAACGUGAAACCUUGGAUAUCCUACGUCGUCAUCGGAAAACGGGGUUUUCCCACGUGCGACGACGUCAUAGCAUCCAGGAGGUUGGUUCUCAAUCUGCCAUGUCAUGUGACACGUUGGCAUCGAUAGAUGAGAUGUCUAGUAUCUCUGACGACCACUGUGCGUCCGAUGCCACAUCUGGAAGUUCUUGUUCGGAAACACCGGGUCCCAGAUCGAACGGCAACCCUCAGCUCCAUAGAGCUAUGUCCACACCUCGUUCCAACCGACAUUCGACAGACAUUUUAAAAUUACCAAGCUUAUGUACAAGGUCAAACUCUGCGCCUGUUAACCGUCGUCCUUCCAAUGACGGUGCAACGAGCUCAGACGCUGAUAGUGGUUUUCAAGCAUCUCGCGCCACUGAAGACAUGGACGAAUCCUCGAACUUUAAACCACGAGACGGCGCCGUGGAGCAGGUCAAUUCUACUCGCGUUGAUCCAUGUUGUAAAAUUUCACUCGACAGCGCUACUAGCGGUGAGAAAAUAGCGAAGUCGCGAAAAGAGAGAAAGGACGAAAUUGACAUAACCACACUUGCAAAGAUAGAGGAAUUCGAAAAUUUCGCGAGAGAAAAACUUAGUCGCCAACAUUCCAAGACGUGAAGUUUGUACCAAUACAAACAAACCGAUAUCUUCAAGUUGGAUGAUGACACUUCGUCGCGUCGAUCACCAAAGAGUUCCAUUCUGUAUGAAAAGAUUUUAAUAACUUCUUGAAACACAAUUUGUUUUCAAAAAUCUGUUCAGGAAAACAGUAUGUUGUUAUUCGGUCUUGUCAUUUUUUGCAGCAAACAAAAUUAUUGCUGCUGUACCACAAUGUGUUGAUUUCGCUAUACGUUGAUUUAGCUCACCUAUUAUUAAUGCACUCACAAGUUUCGUAAUAAAGUGGUUGGACUUAAUGUUCAUUAAAACAAGAGUUU